UCGCGGAGGGGCCGCGGCCCCGCACCUGCCCGAGCCUCUGCGGCGGCAGUGGCAGGGUACGCGGCACCGCUCCCUCCCAGCCGACUUACGAGAACAUCCCCCGACCAUCCAGCCCCGAGCAGGGACUGGCAGGGCCGGCGCCCCUUCCCUGGACUCCGGCCGCGUAGCCUCCAUCGCCAUCCCCAGUUCACAGACCUUGCGACCUGUGUCAGCAGAGCCGCCCUGCACCACCAUGUGCAUCAUCUUCUUUAAGUUUGAUCCUCGCCCUGUUUCCAAAAACGCAUACAGGCUCAUCUUGGCGGCCAACAGGGACGAAUUCUACAGCCGACCCUCCAAGUUAGCUGACUUCUGGGGGAACAACAACGAGAUCCUCAGUGGGCUGGACAUGGAGGAAGGCAAAGAAGGAGGCACAUGGCUGGGCAUCAGCACACGUGGCAAGCUGGCAGCGCUCACCAACUACCUGCAGCCGCGGCUGGACUGGCAGGCCCGAGGGCGAGGUGAACUUGUCACCCACUUUCUGACCACUGACGUGGACAGCUUGUCCUACCUGAAGAAAGUCUCUAUGGAGGGCCAUCUGUACAAUGGCUUCAACCUCAUAGCAGCCGACCUGAGCACAGCAAAGGGAGACGUCAUUUGCUACUAUGGGAACCGAGGGGAGCCUGAUCCCAUCGUUUUGACACCAGGCGCCUACGGGCUGAGCAAUGCGCUGCUGGAGACGCCCUGGAGGAAGCUAUGCUUUGGGAAGCAGCUCUUCCUGGAGGCUGUGGAACGGAGCCAGGCGCUGCCCAAGGAUGUGCUCAUCGCCAACCUCCUGGAUGUGCUCAACAAUGAAGAGGCGCAGCUGCCAGACCCGGCCAUCGAGGACCAGGGUGGGGAGUACGUGCAGCCCAUGCUGAGCAAGUACACGGCUGUGUGCGUGCGCUGCCCUGGCUACGGCACCAGGUAUUGCAGCACCGUGGGUGCGCCACCUCCUAUCCCAUGUCCCACCUCCCAUGCUAGAGGGCCAGCUAGAGGGCCCCCAUGUCAUAGCCAGGGCCAGGCUCCUUCCUCGCCUGAGUGGAUUCCAGAGCUUCUGCCCUGUCCAGACGCAGCUGCAGGAACCAACACCAUCAUCCUGGUAGAUGCGGACGGCCACGUGACCUUCACUGAGCGUAGCAUGAUGGACAAGGACCUCUCCCACUGGGAGACCAGAACCUAUGAGUUCACACUGCAGAGCUAACCACACCUCUGGGCCUGGCCAGUGGGCUCCUGGGGGGCCCUGCCUUGAGGGGCACUGUGGACAGGAAACCUUCCUUGGCCAUACUGCAUUGCACUGCCCAUGGCUUGGCCAGCAUCCCCCGAAUCAGGGCCCUGUGGUUUGUGUGUUACCCAUCUGUGUCCCCAUGCCCAGUUCAGGGUCUGCCUUUAUACCAGCGGGGAGCAGCAGAGUCUGAUACCAGGUCUAGGACCGGCCCAGGUAUACCAUGAACAUGUGGAUACACCUGAGCCCACUCUUGCAAAUGUACACAGGCACUCACACGGCACACACGUACACUCCUGCACGUGCACAAGCACACACGCAAGGCAUAUACUUGGACACCGACACAGGCACAUGCACGUGUACAUGCAUAGGUGUACUACACAUGUGCACACAUGCACAGUUGCACAGACACCCACACACAGGUGCACACACACGAUGCCGGACAAGGCAGAAGGGCGACUCUUACCUCUCAUGUGCUACUGGCCAGUGGGCCUUUGUUCUGGUCCAAUGACAGGAGUAGGCUUGUAUUUAAAAGCGGCCCCUCCUCUCCUGUGGCUACAGAGCACAGGCGUGCUUGGAUUCUUGACAAGCAGAACUGCUUCUGCAGAGGAGACAGCCACAUUUGGAACUGGGCACCAAGAAGACCUGAGAAAAACCCACUCUUUUUUUUUGAGACACAGUCUUGCUCUGUCGCCCAGGCUGGAGUGCAGUGGCACGAUCUUGGCUCACUGCAACCUCUGCCUCCCAGGUUCAAGCAAUUCUCCUGCCUCAGCCUCCUGAGUAGCUGGGAUUACAGGCGUGUGACACCAUGCCCAGCUAAUUUUUGUGUUUUUAGUAGAGACGGGGUUUCACCGUGUUGGUCAGGCUGGUCUUGAACUCCUGACAUGAUGAUCCACCCGCCUCGGCCUCCCAAAGUACUGGGAUUACAGGCAUGAGCCACCACGCCCGGCCGAAAAACCCACUCUCAUAACAGAAGUGCAGACUCAUUGCCAGAUUCAGUGCCCUUGAGUGUGCCGGAGGUCCUCUGUGUUUGAGACAAUCUUGUGUGUGCCGGGAGGCUCCGUGUGCACCAGGGGCUCUCAGACUCCCGCUUACCCAGCUGGAGACCACACCUCUGGCAGCCCCAUCUCAGCCAGCCCUGCUCUAUCCCUCCUCCAUCCAGGUGAGGCAAACUUCAUAGGAAUCUGUACCUGAAUGUGAGCUGCUGAUAAUAAAACUCUGAGGCUUUGGUGAGCGCA